AUGGUUAAUACAGAGGCCAAGAGAUUCGUUGGUACUUUAGACUUAGGUCGUCCUGGUUGUGGAGCACCCAUAGAAAAAGAUGGUCAAAAAAUGGCGAAAACCAAAGAAGAUCCAUUGUUGAGGUUUCAGUUCGGAAACGACUUACGUAGAGCGGUAGAUAACACGUUCAGAUACAAAACAAACAGAGAACAACAACUGGAAUACAAAAAAGCACUUGAUAAAUUAGUUGAGGAAAAGAAGCAGAAUCAGCUGCGAAAGAAACUUCUAGAACAGGAGUACGAAAAGCGCCAGGGAUGGUCAAACGAUGCCACUUUGAGGAAACUUGAAAACGAAGCCCUUAAAAAAGCUUACGAGGAUCAAAAAAACUACGAAAACUUCAAGAAGUCCAAAGUUAUUCCACCGAACCGUGUGGUAAAACUUGACCCUAUUAUCUACCCGUCCAACACUAAAAAGAAUUCGGUAGUUCCCCCAAAUAACAGAAAACUCUCGCCACUUUCGGACAACAAGGAAAAUGGCGUGGAGUUGGUACAACUGUUGGCCAAAGACAGAAAGUUACCACCCAGGGUACCACUGUGCAGUACUGAUGUCACUAAAGAACGAGACCUCAGCAAAUCAUACCUCUGGAACAGAGAUGGAUCGGCAUAUUUGAAAGAACUGUCACAACAAAUGAUGUCAAAGAGGGAAAGAUCUCAGGAACUAAAAGCUUUGGAAGACGAGACUGCUAGACGUCACUUCUCUACUUGGACUUCAUUAUGGGGAAGACCAGGACAUGGUGCUCCUCGAUCAGCUACCAAAAAGGCAGCAAUUGACAGACUGCUCUAUCCACAAAUGGUGCCCAUCGGCGUUGCCUAAGAGACUCCACGAGACACAACGAAACUAAAGCCAAAAUUUCAAGAAUAGUUAUAGUUCUGAAUAGUGCUUUAGAGAGCAUAAUUCAAUUGUCCACAUUUUUAAUUAUAUUAUUAAUAGUAAUAGAUUAGAAAAUAUAUACUGAAUGACUGG